AUGCAGCGCCGAGCUUUCUCGGCUUCUGGCAGAGUGCCACGAGCAGCGCAGGUUGCGCAGCAGCUGCUGAAGAUGGGCCCCGAGUCGACGCGCCGAGCUCUGCGCGAAGAGCUGAGCUCCUGGCAGCGCCCAUCGCGUGAUGCCCUGCCGAUGCUCAAGGAGCUCCGUGCCAGAAAGCGGGUCGAUCUUGCCUGCGAGUUAUUGGACCUCCUGAAAGCAGAACCACGUGCCAAGCUGGGUCUCAUGCACUUCACGGAGGGGAUCUCUGCCUGCGCCCGCGCCACCUGGUGGGCUCAAGGCCUGGCCUUCUUCCAUGACUUACCCGAUGCUGCUGUGUUGCCCGACAUCGUCUGCUACAAUGCCACCCUGAGCUCAUGCGCCAAAGGCAGCAAGUGGCCUCUGGCAGUGGGCCUUUUGGAGUCCAUGCCCACCGCGCACCUCUCCCCAAAUGCAAUUAGCUACAACUCCACCAUCACUGCAUGCGAGAAAGCCGGGAAGUGGCAGCAGGCAUUGCUGCUCUUCUCGGCCCUUCCACGGGCCAAGCUCGCCCCCACCAUCGUCACCUUCGGCUCCGCGAUCAGUGCCUGCGAGAAGGGAGGUCAAUGGCAGAUGGCUCUGCAGCUCUUCCAUACCAUCCCACGAGCGCUCCUCACGCCGAAUGUCAUCAGCUUCAGCGCUGCUAUCAGCGCCUGCGAGAAGAGCGGGGCCUGGCAGAAGGCUCUGCAGCUCUUCAAUGACAUGCCUGAAGCCGACGUCGAGCCGAACACCAUCAGUUACAGUGCCGCCAUCAGCGCUUGCGAGAAAGGCGGGCAGUGGCAGCUGGCCCUGCACUUCUUCGACACCAUGCCGAAGGUCAAGCUUCAGCGCAACAUCUCCAGUUAUUCUGCCGCUCUUAGCGCCUGCGAGCAGGGUGCUGCUUGGGAACUCGCCCUGCAGCUCGUGGGCUCUUUGCCAAGGGAUGGGCUGCGCGGGGACACUAUUCUCUACGGCGCCGCCUUGAGCGCGCUGGAGAAGGCAGGCCAGUGGCAGCUGUCCUGGCAUCUUCUCUUCAGCUUGCCGCAUCUUCAGCUGAAUCCGGACCUUAUCGCCUGCAACGCCGUGCUUGGAGCCUGCAGGAGAGCGGGGAGGUGGCAGUUGAUCUUGCAGCUCUUCGCCGCCAUGCCGGCGCUGGAGCUUUUUCCCAACCUCCUCAGCUUCCACUCGGUCUUGGACUGUACUCAGAACAGUAGUGUGGACCGUGCAGAAGUCGCUCAAGCUGUCAGCCACAGAAUCCAGGACCUGAGCAAGACGGCGAUGGUGGGUGCAUCCACCAUGGGCGUGCUCUACAUCAAAGCUCAGAUGACUGUUCAAUGGUGGAUUUCCGAGCAUCUACCCCCUCUGAAAUCUCGGAGAGCUUUGGCACUGCUCCAGCAACGGCAAGGAGGAAUUCAGGAUGCUUUUCAAAGCCGCUUGCAGCUUGAGCUGAAGCGUCAGCAUUUCAAUGCUUUGAGUCUUGGGGUUGGGUUUAGGCUUUGA